UGCACUACAGAUCAUCAGUCUGUUGUUGGGAGAUUUUAUUCUUUAAUGUUCCGCAUUUGGAGAUCUAGGUGCUUAUUUUUAUUUUAUUUUUGUAAAAAGAAAUUAAGAAACGUCGUUUUUUAAUUGGAUUCAGUCUGUCUAAGGAGGUAGAAUAUCUGAUCCAAAUUUUUUUUAUAAAAAAUACGUUGAAAUUGAUGGGACUAGGGCUUGACGUCGACGCAAAAUAUGCCGCCCAAAACAAAGAUGGCGGCGCCGUAGUAGCAACACGAGUGGCUCCUCAGACUAUCAGAAGUGCAAGGCGGCAUGCACUCGUUCCUCUAAAGUAUGGGAAUUCUUUAAUUUAAAAGGAAACAAUUCCGUGAUAUGUCGUCUUUGCAAAAUGGAGAUGGCCUUCCAUUCUAGCACCACGGCAAUGCACCUGAAGAGGCGCCACCCGGGAGCAGCUGCAGAUGACAGAGCACCAAUGAAAUCUGCUUGACAUGCCACUGAAGAUGGAAAUUGUUAAAGAGGAGUUUAAAGAGGAGAGUGAAGACAUCAGUAUUUCAGAACCAUUCAGACUGAAGAAUGAAGAUACUGAGGAACAAAGAGGGCUGGACCAGGGAAUCAGACCACCAUGCGACAUGCUGUUGGACCAGAGCGAAGCCAAUGCAGACCUGGUGAAACUGAAAGAGGAAAGUCAAGAACUGAAUGAAGUGGGGGAGAAAAAUCAGGAUCAGGAACAUGCUAAUUUCUGUAGUGGUGAAGAAUCUUUUAGUGGCACACAGACUGAAAAACAUCGCUCACAAAAAAGAACUCGAAGAACAACAACAGAAAAUUCUUUCACCUGCCCUCAGUGCGGAAAGAGUUUCAAUCAUAAAGGAAACCUUAAUAUCCACAUAAGAAGUCACACUGGAGAGAAGCCUUUCUCAUGCUUCCAGUGUGGCAAGAGUUUCAUACAUAAAGGAGGUCUUAAUGAGCACAUAAAAAUUCACACUGGAGAGACCCCAUACACAUGCCCUCAGUGUGGAAAGAGUUUCACACAAAAAGGAGGCCUAAAUAUCCACAUAAGAACUCAUACUGGAGAAAAGCCGUUCACAUGCCUUCAGUGUGGAAAAAGUUUCGCACAUAAAGGAAACCUUAAUUUUCACCUAAGAACUCAUACUGGAGAAAAGCCGUUCACAUGCCAUCAGUGUGGAAAGAGUUUCGCACAUAAAGGAAACCUUAAUUUCCACAUAAAAAAUCACUCUGGGGUGAAACCAUUUGAAUGCAUCCAGUGUGGAAAGAGUUUCACAUACAAAAGAAAUCUUAAGCAGCACAUCAGAAUUCACACUGGAGACACCCCAUACACAUGCCUUCAGUGUGUAAAAAGUUUUACAGAUACAAAAUCCCUUAAGGAUCAUAUGAGAAUUCACUCUGGAGAGACCCCAAACACAUGCCUUCAGUGUGGAAAGAGUUUCAAAGAUAAAUCAAGCCUUAAAAUUCACAGAAGAAUUCACACUGGAGAGAAGCCUUUCACAUGCCUACAGUGUGGAAAGAGUUUCACACAAAAAGGAAACCUUAACUCUCACAUAAAAACUCACUCUGGAGAGAAGACUUUUAAGCCCCAGCAUAAUCGUGGCAAAGUGCGUCUUCGUCCAUCGCUCAGAGCCAAAAAGAAGUUUGAAACAGCUGAGCAACGACAUACUCUUUGGGAACAUUCAGACACCGAGUGCGACGCUGUGGGAGGCGUUUAGAAAUACAUUUAAAUAUGAGGAUGCUCAAGACUAAAACAUCAACUAAAAUGACAUUCAAAAUGAUGUGUUAUCAAUGACAUUAUGCCUCAUUCUAUGAGAAGAAUUCACACAACAUCAGUAAAGAAGCUGUUUUAACCACUCGGUGAUGUAAAGUAAUAUAUAUGCAGUAGAAAAUGUUUAAUGCUUCCUUUUGCAUUCAUAACGCUAAUGCGCUAACAUGCUAUACGCGGUCAUAAUAUGCACCGGUUACACUUAUUGUUAUUUAUGAUGACACUGAUUCUACUGCAAAGAUUGGUGUACAAAAGAGUGUUAAAGGGAUAGUUCACCCAAAAAUGAAAAUUCUGUCAUCAUUUACUCGCCCUCUAGUUGAAGAUAUUUUGGAGAAUGUAACCAAACAGUUGUGGGGCACCAUUGACUUUCAUAUUAUGCAAAAGAAUAAAACAAAUUUGAUGCCAAAAAAAAUCUAUAUUUAAGUACCUUUUAACUAUUAAUCAUCGCUUCUGGUCAGUAGCAGUACGCACAUGUGGCAUAAUCACAUCGAGAACAGACGCGCGUGCGACACACCCAGAAGAGCUGCGCUGUUUACAACUGAGUAGGAAGAACGCUGUACAGAAGCUAGUUGGUUUUGGUUUGUUUUCUCAUAAUGGUGCAUUUGUGUGCUCAUCCUGGAUAUCUCAGCUGAGAGAAAAACAUGAGUUUACAUAUGUAACAUGCCAAUGGGAAUACUUCACACAACAGACCGUGUGAACUCUGCCCUCUUGUGAAUGUGUAUACUGCUGCUGACCGGAUCAUUGAUCCUUACAAUGCAAGUUAAAUGGUGAUUGGACCAUUGUUGCUCCAAAAAUGACAUAAAGGAAACAUAAAUGUAAUGUCCAGUGGUAAAUGUAUAUCUUCAGAAGUGAUAUGAUUGGUGUGGGUGAGAAACAGAUCCUAAUUCAAUCCAUUUUUACUUCAUUUUUACUUCAGAAAAUCACAUUUGGUGCCUGUUUAGUUUCACUUUCACAUCUCAAAUAAUGAAAUGUGAUUUUUGGAACUACAAAGGUGUGAUCAUUAUUCACUAGCAUUGUAAAGACCUACAGAGCUGAGAUAUUCUUCUAAAAAUCUUUGCUUCACCAGAAUAAAUAAUGUCAUAUACAUCUGGGAUGGAAUGAGGGUGAGUAAAUGAUGAGAGAAUUUUAAUUAUUGGGUGAACUAUCCCUUUAAUUCACCAUAAAUAAUGACAAAUCUAAACACACCAUUUAUUAUAAUUGGUUUGUGUGACAAUUGUUAAAAGUUUUUUUUUUUUUUUUUUCAAAAUAGUAAAAGUUGUUAAAACAUUCUGUAAUUGUUGUUAAUAAAUAAUACCCUUGAAAAUUACGAUUGUGUUACUAUAGUAAUGUUGUUGUUACAAUUACUGUAGUAACCAAGUUUUUGCCAGAAAUAAUCUCGGUUUCAAAUGUAGACUCGGCUCCCUGAAAGGAGAGAGUGUGAUGCUGAAUCAGUAGCUGAUGCUAUGGAUACUCCUCGCAAGAGUGAUGAUCUCUGAAGCCCAUAUAGAAUUGCCAAUCUAUUGGCAGAUGGCUCUUGACACUUCGCCCCUUAAGUGCGUGUCAUCGCAGGCAUAUAAACUGGAGAACAGUUCCAUUUCAUUUGAAUUGUUCGACUUGGAAGUAGCCAUCUCUCAAUCCCUUAACAGCUAGAAAUGUGUAGUGCGGCAAAGCUACACACUUUUCAGGGAACCAGGAUUACAUUUGUAACUGAGACGUUCCCUUUCAAGUCAGCCUUUCGACGCUGGAUCAGAAGCUGACACUGUGGAAACCGUAUACCAUAAUACCGUGCUGCUGUUGCAGAAGCACCAGAACAGUGCUCAAUAACCUACAGGGUAGUACAAACAUUUAAAAGUAAACUCCUCUUCAUGUUCAUUCAGGUAUCAAAACCACUGGUAGCAAUUGCACAAGCCAUUCAAGGUAGUGAAACAUUGACAUGGAGUGAGACCUGCAUCUAUAAGCUCUUGUGGAAGCGAAGCACUGCUUACACAGGGCAACGUACUGGGUCCUCACCUUGGGAGGAACACUAAGUCACAAAGAGCAUUUCAGAGUAUAGAGAAGGUCUCGUCAGGUGUCCCUAGCCUGCAUUAUGAUGUUGAGCACUGACCGAGACAACCCUUGAGUGUCUAACAAUCCCAGUUCAAGGGUAAACAUGACGUUUGGCAUGUUUGGAGCAACCAACAGCGGGGCUUCCCUGUCUUCCCAGACCUUGCACAACAAUUGGUUUAGCAAGCACAUUGAAGAGAACGCAUACUUAUGUUUUGCUGACCAUUUGUGACCAUGGGUGUCCCCGUCCAGUAGAGCCUGUCAAUAAGUUUCAGAGGUGACAGUGCUUUGCUUUUGGGGAGACAAAGUCCAACCUUGGCAUCCCUGAAUACCUCAAAUCCUCUGAACUGUCUGAGGAUGAAGUCUACAUUCCCAUGGUCUGACAACCUGACAUGAGAUCAACUGCACAUGUAGCGAUAUGUUUCUCAAUCCAGAGGAGAACACAACACACAAGAGCCAGCAUCGGUAUCGGACAUACUACCCCUUGGUGAUUUAUGGACUCCACAGUCGCAGUACUGUCCGUACGGACCAAAAUGUUAAAGCCCUGCACUUCUGAUUGAAAGGAUUUGAGAGUCAGGUGGACUGUGAGCAGCUCUAGGCAAUUUAUGUGCCCUUUAGCUUGAGAACUAAUCCAGGCUGAAUGCUGGAAGACCGUCAAACAAGGCACCUAAGCCUUAGUUAGAUGAUAUGUUAUGCCUUCUUUGUCAGACCACUUGACAAAGUCAAACACGAUCUCUUCAAACAGAGAUUCUCAGUCAUAAGCAAAUAAACCGUAACAAAUUAUCGGCUAAAUGUCUGUGUUAACUCCACUAUGAUGUGUUAAUAAUAUUUCGAUUUUCCUGGUUAUUGGCCACCGAUAUAUUGUGCAUCCCUAGUGAACACAAUUCUUGUUCAGUGUAUUGUGUAUCGACACAUCAACAGUGAUGAUAGCAUGUUACAGAGAGGUCUAGCUGUCACUCCAGGAUAGAAAAAAACAAAUAAGUGUGCUAUGGCUAGGGUUGCCACUUUUGAAGUUGUACAUUUCUACAUUUUACAAUGAAAAUGUUUUAGCUUGUUUUAACACAUUGUGAGGACUUUUCAGAUGGCCCCUUACCCAAUUUCCAAUGAAUACCCAUGUAAAAUAAAUUAUUUUUAACGAUGUAGCAAAUUAGACAAAUUAUGUCCUGUAAUGAUUAGAUAACGGAUGCAACGUUUCAUCUUUAAAUAAAGGACAAUCCCAUAUUUUACAGGAUGGGAGGCAACCCCAGCUGCUGGCUUUAUGCUGGAUAUGUAGUUUAGUGUGUUUAGGAAACAUCAGACCAGAUUCAAGACUAAAUCGAUCUUCAUUUCAUUACAACAGCAGUUUCAGCAAAGACAUAAUGAUGAGGGACAUAAACACCAGGGAACAAUAUACCUGAAAAAAGAAGAAGAAAUAACUAUAUGUGCCCUGGUGCUUCUAUUGGAUUUCAUGAUUUAAUGAAUAAAACAUCUUGAGGGAUAUUGUGCUUACAAUUUGGUGAAGUGUUUAAGAUAAAGUUGCUUUAAAAUGUUUUGGUACACAGGACUGGGUGUGAAUGUACAGUAUACUCUCCGUUAGCACUGUCUUUACUGCUGAACAAACUAUAUUAAGUUGAAACGAUUAGGAAAACCCGUUAUGAUUGUAGGCUUAAUUGUUUUUAUAUUACUG